GGGAGAUGAAUUUUGGGAAGUUGAUGAAGGUUCAAUUCAAAUACUUCUAAUUUAAGAAUUAGGCUCCAGUUUUUUUCUGGAAGAGCUCAUUUAUUAUUGCCAGCACAAAAUUAUCCAAAUGGAGUCAAUGGUGGAUCAGCAGAGAAAGACCCAUGAAAGUUUGAUUUUCAAGGCCAAAUUAGCUGACCAGGCAGAGCGAUUCAAUGAAACUGUUGAAUACAUGAAGCAGGCUGUUUUGAAUGGACUUGAGCUGUCAGUUGAUGAACGCAAUUUGUUGUCCAUUGGAUACAAGAAUGUGGUGGGGGCUAAGAGAUCUGCUUGGAGAGUCAUUGUUUCUUUAGAACAAAGAGAAGCAGCUUCAGGAUCAGCAGAUAAGGUGUUCUACUCAAAAAUGAAAGGGGAUUACUACAGAUAUCUGGCUGAAAUUUCCAGUGAAGAAGAGCGGAAAGUUGCUGGAAUCAAUGCCAAGAACUCUUAUGAAGAAGCAAAGGCACUUGCUGUUAAGUGUCUGGCACCAGUCCAUCCAAUCCGCUUGGGACUUGCACUGAAUUAUUCUGUAUAUUACUGUGAAAUACUCAAUGAUCCUGGCCAGGCUUGCAAAAUUGCAAAGGAUGCAUUUGAUGAGGCAUUGGCAGAAUUGGAUGACUUGGGAGAGGAGUCCUACAAGGACACAACCCUGAUCAUGCAAUUAUUGAGAGAUAACCUAACCCUGUGGAACACUGAGAGCAAUAUAACCCAUGAGAAUGAAGACUUGAAAGUUGCUGAUGCUUCAAAGGAUGAAGACAAAGUUCUCCAGGCAGGUGCUGAUGAAGAAACUUCUCCAAAGAAGGAUGGGAAGCAUACUCCUAAGAAAACAGCAAAGAAGGUUGACCAAGACAAUGAACAAUUUAGGGAAUCAAAUGAACAUUUGAUUGAGGAACUUGUGGAGAGUUUAGAAAAUGACAGAAAAUCCCAGCUUGAUAGUCCACCCAAGGAGGGACGUCAUACUCCAGAAGAGCAUGUUUAUGACCAUAAGGAAUCAAUUGAUGUAGAAAGUAGAUUGUCUAAUCAAAAUCCAGUGGUGAAUGAACUUGUAUCUCCUCCUGCCAAUGAGUUGAACGCUAGUCAUAAAAAGCUUAAAAAUCCACAAAGCUCAAGUCCAAACCCAACUAGGAAAUUGUCCAAAAAGAGGCCCAGUGGGGAAGGGAUUCCUGAUAUGAGGACCCCCUCUGAGUCCAUGGCUAGUUUUCAUUCCACACCACCCAGAGAUAUCACACCCAAUGCCAUCAUCUCACCCACAGUGGGAGGUAUUCAUAAUCCUUCACAUUUUGUGUCUGGGAAUAAGCCAGAAACUUCAAAGGAUGAGCAAUUGAAACCAGCAGAGACUUCAGCCAGUGAACAUAGUGCUCAAGGUUCAUUUUCAGAACACAACCAAGAUCCUGCUGGUUCUGACCAGCCAAAUAGAGAAAAGAUUAGGCAGCCAACUCCUGAAGCUUCAAGGGCUGAGGACCUGGAGGCUGCAUCUAAAACAUUGGCUGAUGAUGUUCUACAAACUAUCUAUAAUGGAGCUGCGCAAUUGGUCUCUGUGGCCAGAAAAACUACAUCCCAAAUAAUUCCUUCUUCUGAUGGUGCUACUGGAGCACAAAUUCCCAAUGAUGUCACAGUGAAAAUGCAGAGGAAGGGGAAAACUAUGGGAGAAAGCUUCGCGGAAAAUCCUGCAUUGAUUAGAGGUGCAUCUGACCAGAUUGGCCCUGAAACUACUCACCUCAUAAGGUCUGAAAAGAAUGCAGUACUGCUCAACCCCAAAAGGGCUGGAGAAGCAGCAAUCAAAGAAAACUUACCAGCACACCAAGAGGUGGAUAAAGUUUCCAGAGGGUCAAAAGGCAGUGCUCAAGAUAAAGUUGAAGUUGUGCACUUCCUCCGAGCUACAAGAACCAAAAGUCAGGAUUCUGUGAAUAAAUCCAACGUUCAACCAGUCCACAGCAUGAAGAACCUCAAGAAAAAAUCCAGCUUUCACAAGAGAGCGGGUGAAGACCCAAAAUUUAAUGCUGACAAAUCCACUGCUGCCAACUUAAAUGUGAAGCCUGACCUGAAACAUGUUGUCACUGACAAACUGCACCAGGCUUCAGACUUGGGCCACAAAGCAAUGGACUCAGCCAAGCACACUGCUGAAGUUAUUCAGGACAAAGCUGAAGCUGUUGGUCACACAGUUGUCUCUAAAGUCUCUGCUGCAAAAAGGAUAUCCAAGGAUGCCAUUCAGCACAUUGGAAAAAGGUCAGCAGCAGACACUGAGGAAGAUGUGGAUCUGGAAAGAAAAUUUUCUGGGGCUGAAUACAGAAAACACCCUACAAAGCUGAACACUAAAGCAGCAAAACUAUCUCACACAAAUGUCAUCAGACUUCCUUCAUCAUCUUCAAAGAAAGAACUGCAGCAGUCAAAGAAGUCUUCCACAACAAAGGUUACCAUCAUAAAGAAAGCCUCAAAAUCAAAAGAAUCACUGAGUGAAAGAACCCUGAAGAACAAGGUUACAAAGAAGGAGUCAGACACUAGAGACAAAAGCCUGAAGGAUAAGGUUAUCAAAAAAGUAACAGAAACUGCUUUGGCAGCCAACAAGAAGGCCUCCACUGCUACAGCACAGAUUGUUGAGAAAGCUGAGGCUGUGGCUCAAGAUGCCAAAGAGCAAAUUGCUGAGACUGCAGAUGCUGCAUCAAGGGCAGCUUUGAAUACAACAGAGCAGGUGGCUGAAAAGACUGGAAACCUGGUAGCUGAAGCCAAGGGCCAAAUCAGCACUACCACUGCCAAAAUUAGCAGAAGAGCUAGUGAUGCUAAGGAGGCUGUGGCAGGAAAAGCUGAGGAACUUUCUACUGGAGCCCAAAUCAUUGCAAUUGCAGCCAAGGAGAAGGCAUUGGAGGCUAAGGAGAAAGUCCUUGACAAGAUUCAAGGAGCUCAACAAGAAUCAAACUCAAGUAAUUUUAUUGCUGACCAGAACCCAGGUAUACUCUCUGAAAGCUUCAAAGAAUCCUUGAUGAACACAAAUGAAGAAGAAAUUCCAGGGCAUGCUGUGAACGUCAUCAUGGGGCCUGAUCAUGUUGACGACAUCAAAGUUGCAACUGUUGCAGUCCCAUCAAAGCCACCCUCGCCCAUUGUUCAGACCCGUCUUUCUGCCUUAUCCAGUCGUGAAAUUUUCACAGAGCCCGCAGUAAGCGACUCAAUCCCUUCAAAGAUUUCCAGGAGAGCCAGUGACCUUGGCAUGGAGGCAGCGAAAAUUGCUGGGAGGGUAGUUGGCAGACUUUCCGAUGCUAAAGAGAGUAUUGUUGGACUGGUGCAUAAAACGCUGGGCACUGACAGAGAUUCUGCUCCUACUGUAUCAUCUUCACCUUCUAGUGCACCAACAAAAGCAAUCGCUUCCAAUUCUCACGAACAUCAGCAGAAAGAAAACGAAGGGAGUAAAAAUAAUCAACAUGAUUCGUCCCGCCGGGCUUCGACGAAAAACGAGCUCCAGCCUUCUGAUCCGUCCGGUCACAACGUUGAAGUGGAAUCUGAUCCUUCGAGGAUCAGCACAUCUUCAAGCAAUUAAGCCUUGAGUCACCUCGCACUUAUUCAAGGGAUCCAUUUAACUCUGUUGAAGCACAUGGUAAUGGUUUAUUACCAUGCCUGACCGAAUAAAUUUGAUUAUUUUUUCGAGACA